CACAAUCUCAUCCAAGGUCUAUCACAAUGCCUAUCUCGAAGCCUCCUUUCGGUGUUUACACUCCCCUCGUCACCUUUUUCAAUGAGGAUGAAUCAAUAGAUGUUGUAGCGACGAAGCAGCAUGCAAAGCGCAUGGCAGAGGGUGGUGUAGCUGGCCUCGUACUCCAAGGUAGCAACGGCGAAGCCCCUCACCUUGACCAUGGAGAACGAGCUCAGAUCAUUCGCACAAUCCGAUCCCAUCUCAACGAACUCCGCUUCACGAAGGUCAAAUUGAUCGUAGGAUGUGGUGCAGCCAGCGUCCGCGAGACCCUCACACUGAUUUCAGAAGCACGUCAAGCAGGUGCUGAUUAUGCGUUGGUUCUACCUCCUGCAUAUUGGGCAGCAGCAAUGACUCCAGCUGUCGUCGAGAACUUCUUCAACGCAGUCGCUGCUGAGGCCGAGCUUCCUUUCCUGAUCUACAACUUUCCUGCAGUCACUUCAGGAAUCGACAUAUCCUCCGAUGCCAUAAUCCGACUCGCAAAGGCGAAUCCAGGCAAGAUCGUCGGAUGCAAACUCACGUGCGGCAAUCUCGGCAAGCUGCAAAGAGUGUGGUCUAGCCUUCCAGAAGAUGAAUUUGCAGCAUUUGCAGGGAAGUCCGAUUUCAUGCUUCCGGGGCUUGUCGCGGGGUCCAACGGUGUGAUCGCAGCCCUCGCAAAUAUUGUCCCAGCAACCCAUGUCAAGCUGAUUCAGUUGUGGAAUGAAGGAAAGCUUCAGGAGGCCAGACAGCUGCAAUCGAGAUUGAGCAACGCUGAUGGUGCAUUGCAGAAGGUUGGCGUGGCAGGCGUCAAAGCAGUGGUUUCACGUUAUUUCGGUUAUGGAAGAGGCAUAGGCAGAAGGCCUCUAGGAAAUACAUCCAUAGAUGCGAUGAGCAAAGACGUGCUCGGUCCAUUAGAGGACAUCAUUCGUCUCGAGGAGAAGUACGCUCGUCAGUCGGGCAAGCUAUAGUUUCUGCUCCAUAAGGAUAAUUAUUUAGUUGUUUGAAAUCCAGGACCCUGUUAUCGUUG